AUGAAGGAUAAGGUGAAAUACAACCGUUUCGGUAAUUUCCUAUCCAAUCAUGUGUUAAUAUUCUUCCUGAUUUUUCUGUUGAACCUGCUGAUAUUUAUCUCCUUCAUCAAUGGCUUCCUAUUCCCGAGAGAAGGAAUCACGAACAAGUCGGAAGACUUGGAAACGUUUAGCAGGAAGGUGUUUGGCGAUGAGUACAUAGAAUCACAGAAGAAUAAAAAAGAUGUCCACUCCAUUGUGAAUCCGCCGUAUGAUAGAAUAGUGGUUCUACUGAUAGAUGCCCUGAGGUUUGAUUUUACACUGUACGAUCCUAAUUAUAAGAAGGAGCUGGAAAAUGAUGAAUCGGUAGAUGAAGAAGAAAAGACUUCAAAGGAGGUGAGAUUUUUCCAAAAUAAUAUGAUGAAUUUACACCAUAUGUUGAAGACAGAAAAAGACAAAACAAUGCUAUUUCUAUUCCAAGCAGAUGCACCUACAGUUACCACGUCUAGAUUAAAAUCCAUGGUCAUUGGGUCCAUACCAAAUUACCUAGAUUUAAAUGAAAACUUCAGUCCAAGUGAUGAUAUACAAGAUAAUUUUAUAGAGCAACUUUACUAUAAUAGAAAAACAGUUACAGCUAUCGGGGAUGACACACUCGUGAAAUUGACAAAGAAUGUAUCCAGGAAAUUAGUAUACGAAAGUUUUAACAUCUUCGAUUUGUAUGAACUAGACAACAAAUCGAAGAAUCACUUUUAUGAAGAGUAUCCUUUGGAUUAUUGGGAUCUUUUGUAUGUACACGUUUUGGGGGUAGAUCACGUAGGCCAUGUAGGAAAACCUAAUUCUAGGAAGAUGAAAAGUGUACUAAAAGAUUUCGAUAUUUUUGUAAACGAUAUAAUACAGAAGGUUAAAUCGGAAGAGAAGAAGAAAACUCUUUUCGUACUGUUUGGUGACCAUGGACAAACACGCACAGGGGAUCACAGUGGGUUCAGUGCAGAUGAGACGGAUAGCUCUCUGUUUAUCUAUUCCCCAUUGAAAUUUAUGCCUCUAGAUAAAAACAUAAAUAAUAAGUCCUUUAUUCUAUACGAUAAGGAUAAUCUGGACAGAACCAACUCUGAUUCUCUCUAUGAAUUUAGUACCUGUGGAUCUGACAAGGAUCAGUGCUUUGUAGAAAGCUAUAAAAAUUACCAUUCCUAUUUGAACGAUUUGAACAAGGACAGAACUUACUUCUACGAUGUUAGGUUCACCAAGCAAAUAAACUUGGUGAGUACGUUGUCGUUUCUGAUUGGAUCCACUAUCCCCUUUUGCAAUGUGGGAAAUGUUAUUAUGGAUUUUAUCCCGAAGGCGUACAAGGAUGAUGCUCCAUCUGCCCCUGCGUCUUUUAGAACUUCUAACUAUGGAGAGGAAGGAAACGAAAGUGAAAGCAACUCUUCCAGUGGGGACCCCCUGGGAGAAGAUAAGUCCUCGGAGAAAAGUAAACCCAAUGUACCACGGAACGGAGAUGAUGAAAACUACUCCAAAUUAUACCACGAAGUGCUAAAUUUGCAUUACAUCGCAGAACUGAACUACGCAAACUUGUGGCAGAUAAAUAGAUACCUAAAGGAGUACGAAACACACUAUAGGGUGAUAAAGAAUGAAGAUUAUUUUUUUAUUAAAAAUAACUGGAAACAUAUAGAAGAAGAAAUGGUGCGAUUUUUUCAACCAAAUAAAAAAUUCCUAGACAUAGAAGAAAUUCUAACAAGUGAAAAGGAAGACUACAUAAAAUAUAUAAACAAAAUGAGAAAUCUUAUGGACGUUACCCAGAAAUAUUUUUACGUAAUUUUUGCUGCAAAAAAACCAUCCUUUAUUGUCCUUUGCUUCAUAGUGAAUAUAUUCUUUUUGAUGAUAUUUAAUAUAUUUUAUCUAAACUCAAAAUUGAAUUGCUACUACAAGUCCAUUUCAACUGGUACUUUCAUUCUUCUCCUCACUAUUUUUUUCAUUGUCCUUCUUCCACUCGAUAUGUAUAAUAAGUGCCUCCACCUACUCGUUCUGCCAUUCCUGUUCAUACUUAUUGUCGUUGGAAUUUUCUUCUCCAGAAAUAAGUACACAGAUUUUUUCCGAUUCAUUAGCUAUGUCAAGGUGUCUUUGGUAUGUAGCAACCUUCCAGACGCAAACUUGAAGAAAUACACAGCUAUACAACCGGGGGAUAAGCACUCCACUUAUCAGGAGAAAACUCAAUAUUCCAAACUGGGGGAUCAUACCAAGAACAAUUUUCUUCGAAAAAGCUUCCUUUUUUUUAAAUGUCUUUAUAUCAUAAUCAGAAGGAGUAUCGCACUAAGCAUAAAUAUAGUUUUACCAUAUAUAUUUAACAUUACGAAAUGCAUUUUCACUGUAAAAAAGAAGAUAUUUAAAUAUCUAAUGAAUAAUAACUACUUCUUUUUUGUCUUCAUUUGGAGUUCAUGUGAAUUGUCCUUCUACUACAUAUUUAAGGAGAGGCAUUGCAUCCACUUCCUGCUAAUUGUUUACGUGGUGCUUUCUCUGUUCAAGUGCGAGUCCUUCUUCUCCCUGCACCUUUUGCGCGGACUGGCCCUCCUCACCGUCCUAGUCGUUAACACAGCGUUCAGCUUCACGCCGGGAUAUUUCGAGCAUGACAUGGAAAAGUUGUACCUGAAGAAAUCCAUGCUGCAAAUGGCGUUACCCAUUUCUCUAUAUUUUUUUAGUACCUUAUUUAUAAAUUGCGGUUCUAACAAACUACUGAAAAGGGAAAUAAAAAUUAUCACGUUACUAGGAUGGACAGUGCAGUUCGCUUUAGUACUUUUGUAUUUUCUUAAAAUAAACGAGCAAGUGAUAUUUUGGAAUCCACUAGGUGUUUACUUGACGACAUUUUUGUUGUACCUGUUCAUCAUAUUCAGAAAAAGCAGCCUAAUACAAGAGGAAAAAGUACAGGAACCACUCCAGAAGGUACAGGAAGUUUGUAUAACUCUCUUCCUGAUACUGUUUUCUUCCCUUCAGUUAUCGCUCAUCGCGUAUAGCAACACAAACCUGAGUGUUUUGGUGUUCUUCUACACAACGUUAUUUUGUUUUUACUUUUUUUUUCUGAGUACGAAUAAUUUGGAAGAAAAUAAAGAUAUGAAUAACAUUAAAAUAAAAUGGAUUGAAGAAAAUAAACAGGUGCAUAUGUUUAGCAAUUUGGACGACGAAAAAAAAACGGUUGAAAUAAGAAAUGUGAAUACAUGGGUGAAGGAGAAAUUUGACCUCAAACUUGUGCACCAGAAAUGUACCUUGCUAGAUAAGUGCAAAUGUCUGGAGGAAACAGAUGCCACGCAAAUUCAAAUUUACAAAUUAAUAAAAAAUCUUCCAUUUUUUUCUCUCAGUGAUACCGAUUUUUAUUUACUCGCAGCUAUACUUAUAAAAUACACCUUCUUUUUAACUGGCCAAAAAUUUGUUGUAAAUAGCUUACCCCUGACAUCAGCAUACAUUGGUUUUAAUAAAUAUGUUUGGCCCAUAAGUCAGGUUUAUAUCUUUAUUCACAUUUUUUUCCCGAUGUUAUUUUCGCUUCUCUUCAUUCUUUAUGUUUUCAAUAUGAGGAAGAUAAAAAUGCUGAUGUAUUUUAAGGGGGUGGAUAUUUACAAUUUCUACUUCUAUCCAUUGAUUAACUUUUUCUUCAAGAGCAUUUUCUUAUUCUGCUGCAAGUGUCUCACGGCCCUGUGGGUGGCUUUCUACCUGGAGCUCCACCUCAUGCUCUACGACUACUUCCUGCCAAAUUUCCUUUUCCUCACAUCAAUCAAUCUUGUGUUCAUCGUUUCUUCCAUUUUAAUGCUAUCCCUGACGAAGUACAUAUUUUUAAGAUGA